UCAGUCAGUGACAGUAGUUGUUUUGUUAGUGUUUGUGACAAGUUUCGGUCGUACGCAAAAAUGGCCGACCCGCUGAGUUUACUCCGACAGUACAAUGUUAACAAGAAGAAAAUCAUCGAAAGGGAUAGCCAGAUCAUCUUCGGCGAGUUCUCCUGGCCGAAAAACGUGAAGACCAAUUACCUGAUGUGGGCUGGCAAAGACGGCACCACCAAGGAAUACUAUACGUUGGAAUGUUUGCUCUUCAUCCUCAAGAACAUUUCACUUACCCAUCCUGUUUACGUGAAGCAAGCAGCUGCUGAGAAUAUACCUGUUGUAAGGAGACCUGACAGGAAGGAUCUACUGGCCUACUUGAAUGGUGAAAGCACAAAUUGUAAUGCCAUUGAUAAGAGUGCUCCUUUAGAAUUGCCCACUCAGGUGAAAAGAUCUGCUGAAUAUGAUGGACCAGAAAAUAUUGCAAAGAAGCCUCGUUUUGAGGAUUUCCAUGUGCAGAAGGUGCGAGAGCAACUGGCUGCCAGGCUGGACGCGCCUAAGGAGGCUUCAGUCACAGUCGAUAAUAUCAAGUCUCUGUCAGAGGCUAUGUCUGUGGAGAAGAUUGCCGCCAUCAAAGCUAAACGUUUGGCGAAAAAGAGGACUACCAUUAAAGGGAACGACGAUAUAGGCCAGGAGUAUGAUAUUAGGGCCAUUUUAGAUCUGGAUGUAGAUGUUACCAAAGAUAUCAUAAGCAGAGAAAGGCAGUGGCGGACGCGAACGACCAUCUUGCAGUCGAACGGAAAGACCUUUGCUAAAAAUAUUUUUGCCAUGUUACACAGUAUAAAAGCUCGCGAGGAGGGCAGGCAACGGCCCAUGCAACAAGCCCCAGUGGCUACGCCUCGUCAGACACCAAUCAGACUCAUGGCUCAACCUGCUGUAUACAAUCGUUACGAUCAGGAAAGGUUUAUUAGAAAGAAAGAAGAGACUGAAGGCUUCGAGAUCGAUACCAAAGGUACUUACCAUGGUAUGACGCUUAAGUCGGUGACGGAGGGUUCGGUGAAGACACGUCCUCCGACCGCUUCCCUACCUACGACACCACAACCUGCCAAUCAGCAGCAGCAAAGACCCCAAUCCGGGACCAAACGUGUCUCCAGGACACCUAUCAUUAUUAUACCUGCAGGCGCGUCCUCCCUGGUUUCCAUGUACAAUGUGAAAGAUGUUUUGCAGGAUUUGAAAUUUGUUUCUAUUGAGGUGAAGAAGGCUGAGGGCGCUCGUCGCGACAAUGAAGUGUUGUUGCAAAGACAACGCAAUGGAGUGACGGUACCUUACAGGGUGGUGGAUAAUCCCGCCAAGUUGAGCCCUAGCGAUUGGGAUCGCGUUGUAGCUGUAUUUGUCAUGGGACCAGCGUGGCAAUUCAAAGGCUACCCAUGGGAGAAUCCCACUGAGAUAUUCGCAAAAAUUUGCGCUUUCCAUCUGAAGUACGACGAAAUGAAACUUGAUAGCAACGUUGCUCGUUGGUCUGUCACUGUCAUUCAGCUUUCCCGGACGAAAAGGCAUUUGGAUAGGGCCGCUCUGAUGGUCUUCUGGGAGAAACUGGACAAAUACAUAUUGCAGUAUAAACCUCAUCUGAGGUUCUGAGACAGCGAUUAAGUUUUAUAUAUGUAACGAUGAAUUUUAUAUAUAUAAAAAAAACUAUGUGAUGAGUGAAUCAUCAUUGUAUAUUAUGUACAGAGUAUCCCGCGAAUGUUUAUUUUUAUGUGUAUUCAUGAAAUCAUAUAUCAUUUUUUUAUUUUAUACAGAAUCAUAAUUCAUUCAAUGGAUUUUAUCUACAGUUUUCUUAAUACAUUAGUAGUGACGGAUGAUUGACUAGACACUUAUAUAUUUUUUUUUCAGUUCGAAAUAUCCCCGAAAAUGUAGAAAGCAAACAUUGUAUAAAAUGUGAAGAAAAAAAAACAAUGUUUAAACCGAAUUUAUGAAAGACAAGAUA